AUAGCUGCAUGCUGUGAUUCCCAGCAGAUUUCUCAGCAAACUGAUGAGUGAGGAGCAGGCUAAUUCCUUAAAACAAUGGCAUUUCUCUUCAGACAGUUUUUCCUGCUGGCUGUGGAUCUAAUGCUUGCUUCCACUUUUUCAUGCUUCCUUUAUGCCUUUGCAUGCCUCAUAAUUGCUUUCCUCAUCUGCUUUGUUAUCUUCCUCUCCUUCCGAGUUGUGAAGAAAAUGGAGAGAGACAUAAAAGGGAGAGCAAUUGUAAUUCUAGUUUCCAACAGCUCCAUUGGACGGACAUUUACCAGGAACCUGGAUGAAGCAGGUUUCAAAGUAUCUGCCACGUGCUGGCCACCUAAGGAGAAAUGGGCCACAGUUGUGAAGGAAGAGUGUUCUCCAAAAAUGAAUGCGUCGCAGAUUCACAUGACUGAAGAUGAAUAUCAGAAGACAGUGAAAAACUUCAUAGAAAGCCACUUAUCUCUGAAAGGCACGUCUGAUGUGAAGAAGAAUCCAUCAGUCCUGAUGUGGGAAGAACAAGAGGCAGACAAAAAAGAGUUCUCUGAGAGAAAAACAACGUGUAGAUGGAAGAAUGUAGUCUUAUUUCCAGUUUACUUCAUUGCACUCCUCUCUCUCCUUGUGAACUGCAUAUUGGUUUUCUUGAAGAAGAAAAUUCUACAUUUUACCAACCUACUGAAGUUCAAGAACAGGCAGCAUGGAAAGCAACAUGUGGAAUGACUCAACAGGUCUGUAAUGAUACGGUGAAAAGUAGCUGCAAGAGAGUAUGCAGCUAGUAGCAGAAUCUACUGAUUCCUGACUUGCAAGACUUAAGCACUGAAUGGUGAUGGCUUCAACCCCAGUCAAAGAGACAAUGAGAAAACUUUGCAACCUAGAAGUGGAUGAAAGACUAUUUCGUUAAGUGUAUUCCAGGUCUCUAAUACACCUUCGAAU